GAAAGGACAGACCGCGAAGUAUCAACUCAUGAAUAAAAUGACUGUGGUAAAUUCGUUGAAAAGAGUUGUUUGUGGUAUUUCUGGAGGAGUUGACAGUGCCGUGUCAGCAUACAUACUUAAACAGAAAGGUUAUGAAGUAAUAGGGCUGUUUAUGAAAAACUGGGAUGAGAAAGAUGAAAGUGGACAGUGUUCCUCAGACUGUGACAAAGAUGAUGCCAAGUUUGUUUGUCAACAUAUUGGGAUCCCAUUCCAUGAAGUGAAUUUUGUUAAAGAAUAUUGGAAUGACGUUUUUAGUCCAUUCCUUAGAGAAUACCAAAGUGGCAGUGUGCCAAAUCCUGAUAUUGUGUGUAACAGACUGAUCAAGUUUGGUGUGUUUCUGAGGUAUGCCCAGACACAGUUCUCUGCUGAUGCUAUUGCCACUGGACAUUAUGCUAGGACUUCAGUGGGAGAAAAUCUAUCAUCAAGAGAUUCUAAUCAUGGUGUGAAGUUAUUAAAAGCUAUAGAUUCUUGGAAGGAUCAGACAUUUUUCCUGUCACAGAUACCCCAGCAGGCUUUACAGAAAGCACUAUUUCCACUGGGAGGUUUUCUGAAAUCAGAGGUCAAACAGAUUGCUACAGAAAUAGGUCUACAGAAGAUUGCUAGGAAAAAAGAGAGUAUGGGUAUUUGUUUUGUUGGCAAAAGAAAAUUUCCUUCAUUUAUAGGAGAGUACAUUGAGCCAAGACCAGGCAAUAUUAUCAAUGUAGAGACUGGAGAAGUGGUGGGGACUCACCAUGGCAUUCACAAGUACACUCUGGGACAGAGGCUUAUUCAUGUUAACCAUGGUCGCUUUGGAAAAUGUUUUAUUGUUGAUAAGGACAGCCUUACUCAGGAUAUAAUCAUUGCCCCAGGAACCAAUCACCCAGCAUUAUUUAAUCAGGAGUUCUAUACAACAUUACCUUAUUGGAUACACAAAGAACCGAUUGGUUUUAGUGAAGGUAAGGACUGUGUUCUAGAGUGUCGAUUCCAGCGGACAUAUCUUCCUGUUACCUGUAUAGUAACCAGGUGUGAUGAAGACCAAGUAAAAGUGAUACUGAGAGAACCCAUGCGUGCCAUCACCCCGGGACAGUACGCAGUGUUUUACCACGGGGAGGAGUGUCUAGGGAGUGGGGUCAUUAACAGGAGGGGCCCAUCCCUAUAUCAGCUUCAACAAAACCAGGAAAGGAAACAAAAUCUUAAAGUUUCAUAAUGUUGGAUCAGAUUAGAAUAAGCUUUUUUAUGUAUUUGCAGCAGAUUACUUUCUAUUAUUUGACAUAUCUUUAUCUAAUGCUUCAAGGCUAUUUGAACAUGCUCUGUGACAUUUUCAAUGUAGCUACUGAAGCAGUAUAAAACAAGGAAAGACAUUUAGAUGUUGAAUAGGGACCACCUACAAAUUCAGUGUAAACUUUUUGGUAUUUUUUGAUGCAGUAUUUACUCUGCCCCAAAUAGAUGAUAAUUUUUUAUUUUAGUGGAAAGUCAGAUUGUCCAAUGAACAGUAUUCUAAAUCCAAAACAAAAGCCAUCUAUUAGAAUUAUUUGUAAGUUGGGUUUGUAAUUUGCUGUGGG